GAGGAGACGCAGGAGGAGGUGGCCUGGAAGUACAUACCUUUGAGCGGACCUUCGAUAGACGAGACUAACUCUAAGAAUAUUACGGCUCAGUUGGGGAAGACGGCGGUGCUUAACUGUCGCAUCAAAUACCUUGGAGGCAAGACGGUUUCGUGGAUGCGGAGUCGUGACCUACAUCUGCUGACGGUGGGUCGCUUCACCUACACCAGUGACGACAGAUUCAGGUCAGUCCACCAGCCCGGGUCAGAGGACUGGUUACUGAAGAUCCACUACGCCCAACACAGAGACGCCGGGGCCUACGAGUGUCAAAUCUCUACCACCCCGCCCAUGUCUAAGGUCGUCUGGCUCACUGUGGUUGAGGCGGUAACCCGGGUGCUGGGCGGUCCUGACCUCUACAUCAAUUCGGGCUCCACCAUCAACCUCACCUGUGUCGUCAACCACAGUCCAGAGCCGCCACCCUACAUCUUCUGGUACCACGAGAGUGAGCUGCUAUCAUAUGACUCUCCCUGGGGCGGCAUCACGGUGGUCACAGAACACGGGCCCACCUCCUCCUCCAGGCUCCUCAUACAGCGAGCUACCGUCACUGAUGCCGGAAGAUACACCUGUAGACCAGCCAACGCCGACCCUCACCACAUUAUGGUUCAUAUUAUACCUAACGAGCACCCGGCAGCCAUCCACCACAAGAACGGUACCUCCGUGGGCGUUACCUACACAACCACGCCCACACCUAGGUAUCCUAUGCUAAGGACCAGAUACUUGAAGUAUCCUGUACAAAGGACCACACCCAAGAGGUAUCCUAUGCUAAGACCAGAACCUGAAGUAUCCUGCACAAAGGACCACACCCAAGAGGUAUCCUAUGUAAGGACCAGAACCCUGAAGUAUCCUGCAAAAGGACCACACCCUAGAGAUAAUGGUGCACCUGUGACCAGUACUGGUAACCCGACAGGUAAUGGUGCAUCUGUGUUUUAUAUUGAUGACCCGACAGAUAAUGGUGCACCUGUGACCUCUGUGCACUAUCUCUCAGACACAUUGUCUCUCAUGAACACUGUCUCUUAUGUACACUGUCUAUUGAGUUCACUGUCUCAUAUGCAUCGUUUCUCGUGGACUGAUGAAGCCGCCAGCCUGUUUGGUGACAAGGUGUAUGCUGUCUCUAGAAGAUUUCACCAGGACUUUUAUUCCAGCGUUAGUGAAAAACCCGCUUACUCCUGCAGAAAGGUCACUCCUUGCACUACCACCAGAAACAAGGAGGAAUGGGAAUCACUAACCCUACAGGUUGCUGCCACUGGACAUCAGAAUUCCGUCAAACGCGCAGCAACCCUCACUGGGCAUACAGUAGCUCAAAAGGCUACAAGUGACGUGGAGCACCAGCGAACUGAAGCCAAAUCCGACGUUCAAUUACAACAGAACAGCAGCACACCCAAAUCAUAA